AUGAAUACGGUCUUUGCUUCCUACCUAAGGAAGUUUGUUUUAGUAUUCUUUGAUGACAUACUGGUAUUUAGCAAAAGCCUGGAGGAACAUAUUCAGCAUCUGGACACAGUGCUUGGAGAGCUCAGGAGGAACAAACUGUACGCCAAAAGGAGUAAGUGCACUUUUGGUCAAGGGGAAGUGGAGUAUUUAGGCCAUAUCAUCUCCGAAAAAGGGGUGGCCACGGAUCCUACUAAGAUCGAGGCCAUGACUACUUGGCAAAUUCCCAAAUCUGUAAAGGAGUUAAGGGGGUUCUUAGGCUUAACGGGCUAUUACAGAAAGUUUGUGAAGGGUUACGGGGCCAUUAGCAAGCCAUUACCUGAGUUGUUGGGAAAAGAGCAGUUCUGUUGGAAUGAUAGUGCCCAACAGGCCUUUGAGGCAUUAAAGAUAGCAAUGUCCUAA